CGCGGAGGCAGAAGGCGUUCCUGCCGCUGGCCUCGUCACUAUGUAGCUGAGGGGCAGGAGGCCUACUCCACGUUCUGGAAGGUUCUUGGGCUCGACUACGGCAGUAGCCCCAGGACUUCUAGUCCUCGGCCUCGGGUCCCUGCCGGCCGAGCGGAGUCGCCGCCGCCAUGUUCGGCUGCUUGGUGGCGGGGAGGCUGGUGCAAACAGCUGCACAGCAAGUGGCAGAGGAUAAAUUUGUUUUUGACUUGCCUGAUUAUGAAAAUAUCAACCAUGUUGUGGUUUUUAUGCUGGGAACAAUCCCAUUUCCUGAAGGAAUGGGAGGCUCUGUCUACUUUUCCUAUCCUGAUUCAAAUGGAAUGCCAGUAUGGCAACUCCUAGGAUUUGUCACGAAUGGGAAACCAAGUGCCAUCUUCAAAAUUUCAGGUCUUAAAUCUGGAGAAGGAAGCCAACACCCGUUUGGAACCAUGAAUAUUGUCCGAACCCCAUCUGUUGCUCAGAUUGGGAUUUCAGUGGAAUUGUUGGACAGCCUGGCUCAGCAGACUCCUGUGGGUAAUGCUGCUGUGUCCUCAGUUGACUCAUUCACUCAGUUCACACAAAAGAUGCUGGACAACUUCUACAAUUUUGCUUCAUCAUUUGCUGUCUCUCAGGCCCAGAUGACACCAAGUCCAUCUGAAAUGUUCAUUCCAGCAAAUGUGGUUCUGAAAUGGUAUGAAAACUUUCAAAGACGACUAGCACAGAACCCUCUCUUUUGGAAAACAUAAUUUGAAUAAAAUAAUUUUUAAUGGA